AAGUGAGGGGUGACUCCACAGACAACAACAUCCGGUUUGAGGAUGUUUGGAUUUUAGGACGGUUUUUUUGUCGCGUGUGCUGAGAAAGAUGAGCAGCAGAUGACAGUCUGACAUCCGAGUUUCUCAGUGAAGUCAUGAUGGCGAAUCCAGUCAGUGUUCAGACCCUCAGUAAGACAUGGGAGCUGAGUUUGUACGAACUCCACCGAACGCCACAGGAGGCGAUCAUGGACAGCACGGAGAUCGACGUGUCUCCCAGAAGCCUCCACAGCGAGCUGAUGUGUCCCAUCUGUCUGGACAUGCUGAAGAACACCAUGACCACCAAAGAGUGUCUGCAUCGCUUCUGCUCCGAGUGCAUCGUCACCGCGCUGCGCUCCGGGAAUAAAGAGUGUCCCACCUGCAGGAAGAAGCUGGUGUCCAAGCGCUCUCUGCGCGCCGACCCUAACUUCGACGCGCUGAUCUCUAAGAUGUACCCGAGCCGUGACGAGUACGAGGCGCACCAGGACAAGGUUCUGGAGCAGCUGAGUCUCCUGCACAACAAAGAGGCUCUGAGCAGCAGCAUCGAGCAGGGGCUGCGCAUGCAGGCCAGACACAGAGCCCAGCGUGUGCGUAAGCUGCAUGCGGAGAGCGAGAACGCCACGCUCAGCGGCGGUGAGGACGAGGUCUCGCAGGACUCCGGCGUUCCGCUCCACACCAGCAGCGCCGCGGAGCCUGGCCCUAGCCGCGCCAGAAGAGCGUCUGACGACUCCGUAGCCGAGGCUCCUGCUCCGCAGCGCUGCGAGAUCGAGCUCAUAUUCUGCCCACACCCCCUGCUGGUCAGCCGCCAACAGUACAGCCAGACACGAUACGUCAAAACCACAGCCAAAGCCACGGUGGACCACCUGUCGAAGUACCUGGCUCUGCGCGUGGCUCUGGAGGAGGGUUCGAGCGGCACGCCGGAGGGAGCUCUGCGGCACGUCAGCGAGAAGCAGUUCACCAUCUACAUCAGCACAGCGGCGGGACAGUUCACCACACUGAACGGCUCGCUGACGCUGGAGCUGGUCAACCAGAAGUUCUGGAAGCUCUGCAAGCCUCUGGAGCUCUUCUACGCUCCCACAGACCAGAACCAGACGCCUCAGCUGCGACAGAUGGACGACGAAAGCCCAGGACAAUCAGCUCUGACCUAAGACUCUUUCCGUCCUGCUCUACUGAGGCCAGCACAGGUUCAGUCAGUCCUCAUCACUCACCCUCGUGUCAUUCCACACCCGUAAGAUCUCCGUUCAUCUUCAGAACACAAAUUAAGA